AUGUUUGCUACCCUCGGAAAACCGAGGGUAGAGAUUCCGUACGAAAAUCGCAAGAAUUUGGCUCCUGGUUUGAGAGGUUGGUAUGUACAUAGACUUUUAGUAAAUGCUGUUGCAAUGUGGGCUUCACCUCGUUACGCUUGUUAUAUUUUCAUGAUGUUAGAUGAAAUUCAUAGACAAGAACGUGAAGAGCUAGAGAACAAGCUUGAAGCAAAAGAUGAAGUCAUUGAAGCAAAAGACAAAAACAUACAGAAAAGAAUACCACGUUCGGUACCAAAAGGAAAGGAAAAGAACUAUAAGUAUAUGAUUUACACUGAAGAGAUGGAAAAUGAAGAAGACAGAGAUAUGGUUAUGUUGCAUUUAGUCAGAAGAAACAACAAAAGCUUUUACGACCUUGCUAAGAUUUACAAAUCUGACAGAAAUUGGUUCUAUCGCGAAAACUUACCGAUUUCAAUGACACCGAAUGAAGAUGUUAAACAGAUAGUUCAAGAUACUUUACCUCAAACACACUAUGAUAUGAAAGGUUGUACAAUACUUACAUUCAAAGAAGAUUUACCGCUACUGAAAGAAAAAAUAACAGAGUAUUUUGACAACUUCAAAGAGGAAGAGUAA